UGGAGGGUUGUGGGGAAGUACAGCUGCUGGGGCUCCUGGUGCCCAGUUCUCGUUUCUCUGUGAUCCACGCCAAGAUGCCUUCCUUGCUUGGUUUAAAGUGUUUGGGGAAAUUGUGCAGCGCUGAGAAAAUCAAAGUCACCUCGUCUGACAGAAGCAGCUCCAGGGGCUCACUCAGGAGGAGGCUGGUGCUCACGGGGAGCCCCGCCCCCGCCCACGGGUGUGCCACUGUCACCCACCUGCUGUAUCUGCACCCUGAGGUCUGCUGCACGUCCGAGCAGUUGUUUAACAGCCCUGGUCCUCUGGUGGCCCACGCUCAGGACCCUCACCACUCCUCCGAGAAGCCCGUCAUCCACUGCCAUAAGUGUGGGGAACCAUGCAAGGGCGAAGUGCUCCGGGUCCAGACCAAACAUUUCCACAUCAAAUGUUUCACCUGCAAAGUGUGCGGCUGCGACCUGGCCCAAGGUGGCUUCUUCAUCAAGAACGGGGAGUAUCUCUGCACCCUGGACUACCAGAGGAUGUACGGGACACGCUGCCAUGGCUGCGGGGAGUUCGUGGAAGGAGAGGUGGUGACCGCCCUGGGCAAGACCUACCACCCCAACUGCUUCGCCUGUACCAUCUGCAAGCGCCCGUUCCCGCCCGGAGACCGCGUCACGUUCAACGGGAGAGACUGCUUGUGUCAACUGUGUGCCCAGCCGAUGUCCUCCAGCCCUAAGGAAGCCUCCUGCUCCGGCAACUGUGCAGGCUGCGGGAGAGAGAUCAAGAACGGGCAGGCGCUGCUGGCGCUGGAGAAGCAGUGGCACUUGGGCUGCUUCAAAUGCAAGUCCUGCGGGAAGGUCCUCACCGGCGAGUACAUCAGCAAGGACGGCGCUCCUUACUGCGAACAGGACUACCAGGGGCUCUUCGGGGUGAAAUGUGAAGCCUGUCACCAGUUUAUCACCGGCAAAGUCCUGGAGGCAGGUGACAAACAUUACCACCCCAGCUGUGCGCGAUGCAGUCGAUGCGACCAGAUGUUCACAGAAGGAGAGGAAAUGUAUCUUCAAGGUUCUACCGUUUGGCAUCCCGACUGUAAGCAAUCUACCAAGACGGAGGAAAAGCUGCGGCCGCCAACCAUUCGGCAUUCUUCCUCCGAUUUCUUUUAUCCCAAAAGUCUGAUCCGACGCACAGGACGGUCUCCGUCGCUGCAGCCGACCAGGACAUCCUCUGAAAGCAUUUAUUCCAGACCAGGCUCCAGCAUCCCUGGGUCCCCCGGUCACACGAUCUAUGCAAAAGUGGACAAUGAAAUCCUCGAUUACAAGGAUUUAGCAGCCAUUCCCAAGGUCAAGGCUAUUUAUGAUAUUGAACGUCCAGAUCUUAUCACCUAUGAGCCUUUCUACACUUCGGGCUAUGAUGACAAACAGGAGAGACAGAGCCUGGGGGAGUCUCCAAGGACUUUGUCUCCUACCCCAUCUGCAGAAGGUUACCAGGACGUGCGGGACCGGAUGAUCCACCGGUCCACCAGCCAGGGCUCCAUCAACUCCCCCGUGUACAGUCGCCACAGCUACACUCCGACCACGUCCCGCUCUCCCCAGCAUUUCCACAGACCUGGCAAUGAGCCGUCCAGCGGCCGGAACUCCCCUCUCCCCCACCGGCCAGACAGCCGCCCUCUAACUCCAACUUACGCUCAGGCCCCUAAACAUUUCCAUGUUCCAGAUCAAGGAAUCAACAUUUACCGAAAACCACCCAUCUACAAACAGCAUGAUGCAGCUGCCUUGGCAGCCCAGAGCAAGUCUGCAGAGGACAUCAUCAAGUUUUCCAAGUUCCCAGCAGCCCAGGCUCCAGACCCCAGCGAGAUCCCAAAGAUUGAGACGGACCACUGGCCCGGUCCCCCCUCGCUUGCCGCCGUAGGAGCUGACCCGAGGCGCCGAUCUAGUGGCAGAGAGGAGGACGAGGAGGAGCUUCUGAGACGCCGGCAGCUCCAGGAAGAGCAGUUACUGAAGCUCAACUCGGGCCUGGGGCAGCUGAUACUGAAAGAAGAGAUGGAGAGGGAGAGCCGGGAGAGGUCGUCCCUGCCGGCCGGCCGCUAUGAUUCGCCCGUCCACUCAGCUUCACACGCUGUGUCGUCGAAAACCUCCUCUCUCCCCGGCUACGGGAGGGACGGGCUGCACCGGCCCGUUUCUACAGACUUUGCCCAGUACAACAGCUACGGGGACGUCAGCGGGGGAGUGCGAGACUACCAGACGCUCCCAGACGGCCACAUGCCUGGCAUGAGGAUGGACCGAGGAGUGUCCAUGCCCAACAUGUUGGAACCAAAGAUAUUUCCAUAUGAAAUGCUCAUGGUGACCAACAGAGGGCGCAACAAAAUCCUGAGAGAUGUGGACAGAACAAGGCUGGAGCGCCACCUAGCGCCAGAAGUGUUUCGGGAAAUCUUUGGAAUGUCCAUACAGGAGUUCGACAAGUUACCUCUUUGGAGACGCAACGACAUGAAGAAAAAAGCAAAGCUCUUCUAAGCCCCACUCGUAGACAGCCAUAGAAACAGGACUAACGACGGCGGUGCCCCACUGGAUGUUGUGUGAAGGCUUACUCUUGACUGGAGAAUUUGCAAUCGACUGUCCCUCCGCAACAACCAGAAGGGAAAAAAAUCUGAUGAAAACACCCAUGAGCCAAAUAUCGGGCCAACCAGUGGCAACGCUUGCCAAGAAGCAGUGGGGCAGAGAUUUCUGUGUUGCCACACUCGACAGUAGCGUUCACAUGUGACCUUUUCCCAUCACCUUGUGCACACGGCAGGAUCUCUUCUUUGUCUCCCUUUAACUGUUGUCCAACGCUAGUGCUGACUGCACAGACACGAGCCAGCAAGUGCCCUUAGGAUGCCGCGGGGGAAAAAGCAGCUGCCGUAAUUCCAAAGUCUGGAUGUAUUUAUUAUGGAGCCGUGUGGCUGGGAAGGAGGCGCCGGGGGACACACCCAGGGGGCAGCCGCCAUUUGCACCCACCUCUGCACCUGGCCCCCGCAGGUCCCCGCCAGCAGGGUGGGAACCCGAGUGGGAACCCCGCGGCUCUGCUCACGUGGGCUGAGGAGCAGCCCCAGGCAUUGUUAGCAAGCUCCUCGUCUCCUGUGGGCCAGGACCCGGUUCGCAAAUUACUUAGGCAUUAUUAAAAAAACAGACUUUGUUUUACGAGAAAAAGAAGGUCAAGGAAUGAAAGGACGAGCUCCCUCCGCUCUUUUUCGGCUUCAGAUGGUGGGAUUUACGCCCCACCAAGGACGGGAGCUGUCUCUGGUCCCCUCUUUACAAAGAAAGAAAAGGGAAAAAUUGUCUCCAGGUUGGCACAGGUGCAUGCUGUUAGGUGAUUUGGGCCCAGGGGCCAUGGCACUCUUGG